AUGUUUAAUGAGUGUAGUACCCAUUAUUCGGAAAGCAUCCUUGUUGCUGAUGUGAGCUCCCAGUCUGAAGAUCUUACCACAACCAUAAAGCUCAGGGUGCUCUCAAAAAAGCCAUUAGUAGCGCCCCAUGAGUUUGCCAAUCAGAGUAACUCCAGUGCUCCCCAAAAUCCACCUACAUUUCUCACCAAUCAAAAUGCAAUCUGGCUACAGGGGUCAGCAAGAUCUACUGCAUUUUCCACUACUGAUGUCUCAUCAGGUCAACAAUUCGGACAUGGUGGCAGGUCUUUCAACUGGUCCCAACUUGGAACAAACGAUUCCAAGUCAGAGCAGCUUCAAGAUAGCCUGAGUGACUGGCUCAACUUGAAUGAGAUCAGUCAGCCCACCAACCCAAGCCUUCAAUCAAUGUUACCCAACUCAGCUGCACCUCAGGAACUUAACCUGUCAGUGGGUGAAAGUGGCCUGAGCAGCAUGCAGGCUCAAACCUUCCAAAACUCAGAGUUCAAUGAGAACAGUCACUUCAAGUCAAACUCCCAUUCAUUCCAAUGGCAAGCCUAUGGAGGAGGCGACCAACACUUUAACUUUGAUCCACCAUUUUGCUUGGGUUUGACACUGCCCCCAUCAUUUCCAACUUCAGCAUCACAGGAACUUCAACAUGGCUUCGAACAAGCUGGCCCUGCCACAUUCAAAAUGCUGCAUGCACAAGCUUCCAGUAGCAGCCAGGCCAUAGAAUCUUCCUUGCAAGAACAACCUUCAUUGCUUAAUGCUCAUGAUAUACAUUUGAAAAGGAUCAGCAACUCGAUGUGGCAGGAGGCCCCAAUGAACAAUGACUACCUAAACCUUCACACACCUGCCAGCCUUCCACCAUUGUCGUUUCCUACUUCACAGGAUGUCAACAUGCACCCUGUACCCUCGCAGCCACCAAUCAUUGUGGAUACUCAGUCACUGAACCAGAUGAUUGGGAGAUCCCAAGUGCUCAUGUUAAAGUUGAUCUUUAACAUGGGAUUUUUUCCCCCCGAAGUCCUGCUUACUAAGAUGGCCAAUGACACGCUGGACACUGCCAUUUCCCAGUUCCCAGAAGAGGGUACAGCCCAGGUUGUGAAGUUGAAAGGGAUCAUUAAAACCACCUUCUCGAACUUCCAGAAGUUCACCAACAUCUUCUUAUUGCCGGUCUAUCAGCUAUCUGUUAGUCCAUGGAAAAGCAAGGAAGCUAUGGAUGCAUGGUGCAUGGCUAAGAUUGAGUCUCUGCUGUUAGACUUCAAAUUCCUCAAUGCUUGGGUUCAGUUGCUUGUGGCUAACAACCUUCAACAAAUUCACAUUCCAUUUGGUCAUAUUUUGAUUUCCUCGUUGAUUGAACAUAUGUUAAGGAACAAGAACUACUCCCAGUACAUUUCCUUAGGCACAGCCAGUUGGGAGAUGUGCCUCAAACACACCAUCACAGCUAUAUCUGCAGCAUAUCAUACAGCAUUACUCAAAUUUAAGGCCAGCCCCAGCUGGGUCAAGGCUAGCCUAUCCAAUGAGCAGGAGAAAUACUAUUACAUCUUCAUACAGCAUUUCUCUUUGCUGCCCAAUCUUGAGAGAUUUAUCCUCAAUCAAAUGCUGGCCAGCAUGUGUCAUGCACUAGCAUAA